AUGGGGGGUUCCAUUAAACCCAAUGGGGGGGUAGGGGGCUCCAUUGAAUCCAAUGGGGGGGUCUCCAUUGAAUCCAAUGCGGGGGUGGGGGGCUCCAUUGAAUCCAAUGGGGGGGUCUCCAUUGAAUCCAAUGGGGGGGUGGGGGGCUCCAUUGAAUCCAACAGGGGCUUGGGGGUCUCCAUUAAACCCAGUGUGGGGGUGGGGGGCUCCAUUGAACCCAGUGGAGGGGUGGGGGGCUCCAUUAAGCCCAAUGGGGGGGUUGGGGUCUCCAUUGAAUCCAAUAAGGGGUUGGGGGGCUCCAUUGAAUCCAACAGGGGGUUGGGGGGCUCCAUUAAGCCCAAUGUGGGGGUGGGGGGCUCCAUUGAACCCAAUGGGGAGGUGGGUGUCUCCAUUGAAUCCAAUGGGAGCUUAGAGACGGGAGCUGUCAGCCCAAUGGAGCAGCACAGGCCGGCAGCUAAAAGGAGCAGCCCGGAGGACUGUGCAGUGAUCUCACUGGGUGAGGAUGAUGAUGAUGAUGAUGAUGAUGAUGAUGUGGAUGAAGGCCCCGGCCGCCAUCUGGCUGCGUUAGAAGCCGUUCAGCUGGAGCUGGAGGCGGUGGAGGAAGAAGCAGCCCGAGCUUUCCGCCGUCUCAGGGCCAAGUUCGGGUUGAGGCGGCGGCCGCAUCUUCAGCGGCGGAACAGGCUCAUCCAGCGCAUCCCCGGCUUCUGGGUCACUGCUGUAUCCGACGGUUAUGGGGCCGGGUUGGGGGGUUAUAUGGAGGACCCCCCCCCCACUCCAGGUCACCUGGUGUCCCACUCCACCCCCAUCCGCUGGUGGCAGGGGCAGGACCCCCGAUGUCAGCCCCAAAAGGGACCCCCCCCCCCACGAAGCUUCUUCACAUGGUUUGGAGACCACAGCUUCCCUGCGGGGGACCGGGUGGCUGAGAUCAUCAAGGAGGAGCUUGUGGCCGAACCCGGCAUGCCCUUCUACCUUGCUGGGCGAGGGCGCCUGAGGGCUUCCACCCCGAAGGUCAAGCAAUGGGGGGGGGGGGCUUUAUGA